AGUACAUACUUGUAAGAAUAGAAUUGGAUGAAAAUAUUUCGGUUUUGCGACGAUAUAAACGCGUAACCAUGAUUGUAUUAGCAUCUUUAUUUCUUUUAAAAUUUAUAGAUUUAAUAAGCGCAUUAAUUUUAAUUUCUUCAGUUUUAGUUAUCGUCGUCUUAAAGUAUUUAAAUACUGUAGAAAAGCGUCCCAUUUUAGGUGUUUACCGAUUACCUGCUCGUGGUUAUUGUUUAAAAGUGGCAAUUUUCUUUGUUGUCUUACAUUUUAGAAAAAUAGUGCGUGUUAUAAAAGGCAAGUGUUUAGGUAGAUUGGAUUAUUUCCAGUAUGAAAAACCACAAAAACUAUCAUUUCACGAACAGGCUAUAGAUGCGGUAUAUUUCAAUGGUAAUAAUAAACAGGGGGACGUAUUAAUUAUGGGUACUGCAAGGCGACAAGGGGGUCUCAUAAAUGGUUUUAUUUAUUUAAAAAUCGAAAACUCAGAGUUCGGUUUAUUAGAACUGCCGAAGCAACCAGAUACGUGUUUAUACCAGGAUAAGGAAAUCCAGGAAUUUGCGGUGGAAAAUAUAAAAAUAGAAUCGGUAGAACCAAUGAAAGCAUGGAAAUUAACUUAUAAAGGAUUAAUGAAGAAACACAACAAUCCCUCCGAAACGUUUUCUGUUGAAAUAGAUGCCACUUGGCGUUCAGACUUGCCUUUUUUUGAUUUCGAUACAGACGUUGAUAUAUUGUCAAUGGCGAAAGCGAUAGCGUUAGAAAAGUGGAACAAGGACUAUUUUAAAAUUUUAAAAGAGGUUCAUCAAACUCAUUAUGAACAGUUUGGUGUAAUGGAAUCAACAGUAAAAAUUGACGGUAAAAAUUAUUUUUCGAAAUUUGAUACUGUUCGUGACCACACUUUUGGGAAUCACAGAAAUUGGCGCUAUUUUCACAGAUACGCCAUGCACUUUAUCAGUGUGGAAAACGGCGAUAGAUUGAUGGCAGUUUCUAUUUGCGCUCCAAUUUCCUUUUCUACACUGGACCUAGGAUACUUUUAUUCAAAAUCGGAUAACAAAAUAUACCCUGUUAAUAGUUCAGAUUUUCGUCUACAUCAACAUGGUGAAACUGGAAAAAUCCCUGUAGAUUAUGGUUUCACCGUUACAGCUGGUGGUAAAAACUAUGUUAUACAAGUAAAAGUAAAGGAGUCUCCAAGUUUUUAUAUAGGAGAAGAACAUGAAGCGAAAAUUGUAGAAAUGUUUUCUAACUUUAAAAUAAAUGGAAAAAAUGGAUGGGGUGUUGCUGAAUUUCAGUACUACAAUUUUAAAAAAUAAA